GAGAAAUGUGCGUCUAUUGUAUGCUUUAUCAGAAAAAGGCAAUCCAGCGUGCGCUACCUUGAACUUUCUUUCUCUCUUUCUUACCUAUACACUCAUUCCCCGACAUCCAUCAUGAGAAGCAUCUCCAAGUUACAACAGGAAAAAUCAUUGACUUUUUCCAUGUCUCUUAAGAAGAAAAGACGAGCAAACGGAAUAUUUAAUACCUAGGAUAUAAUAAUACAUCCCUACCUAGCUCGAGACCGAGGAUAAUCCCUUCUGAUAAGUCCCACACUACCCCCAGAACGGCAGUCUGUUGUUGGUCAUAGCUCUUUGGAGCUUGCGCCCCGGACAACGGGCGCACCGGCACCUCUAGCAAUUACCUAGGCUAUCGCAGAUUACCUACCAUUGAUCUUCUUUUCCUAACGGCGAGUUUUAUUAUUACAAGUCGUCGCAAACUCCUUUUCGCACUCCUAUCUAAAAACCAAUUCACCUUCUAGUGAACGCAGAAGAAUUCUCCUUGCAUCUUACAAUUCUGGUGUUGCUUUGUUUGCUUAGCUCCUGGCUACUUGACUACCAUAUCACUGUGUCGCUGAACCUUUCCAUCUUUGCUGUUUUCUUGGGACAUAGGAAUUGGAGUGCAAGCGAGGCAGCUUUGCUGGCAAAAUGGGGACCGAGGCGAUCGCAAGUCACUACCAGGUCCUCGAGGAGCUCGGCCGUGGCAGUUUCGGAGUAGUAUACAAGGGUAUCGAAAAAGCGACAGGCGAAGUUGUUGCUAUUAAACAUAUCGAUCUCGAGUCCACCGAAGAUGAUAUCCAAGACAUCCAAGCCGAGAUCUCGGUUCUGAGCACAUGCGCCAGUUCAUACGUAACGCAGUAUAAAGCUAGUUUUCUUCGAGGGAGUAAGCUAUGGAUUGUCAUGGAAUACUUAGGAGGAGGGUCCUGUCUUGAUCUGCUUAAACCCGAGCCAUCUACCUUUAGCGAGACGCACAUCGCUAUCAUAUGUCGCGAACUACUUCGUGGCCUGGAGUACCUUCACGCUGAAGGCAAAAUCCACAGAGAUAUCAAAGCAGCAAACAUCCUUCUCUCAGAGACGGGCAAGGUUAAGUUAGCCGACUUCGGUGUAGCAGCUCAGCUUACUAACAUCAAGUCGCAACGUAACACAUUCGUUGGAACACCAUUUUGGAUGGCACCCGAAGUCAUUCAGCAAGCUGGAUAUGACUUCAAGGCUGACAUUUGGUCCUUGGGAAUCACUGCUCUGGAGAUGGCAAACGGAGAGCCACCCCAUGCCAAUCUCCAUCCCAUGAAAGCCCUAUUUCACAUCCCUAAAAACCCUCCCGCGAAACUAGAGGGCAACUUCUCAAAGGAUUUCAAGGAUUUCGUAUCGCAAUGCCUCAUGAAGGAUCCUGACCGAAGACCCUCAGCGAAGGAUUUGUUAAAACACCGCUUCGUGAGGUCCUCAGGAAAAGUGGAGGCGUUGCAGGAAUUAAUCGAGCGACGACGCAAAUACGAUGCAACAAAAACCAAGAAGAAGAGCAGAGCAUUCUAUCAGGAGACUUUGCAAGAUCUUUCCCCCAAGGACGAGCGAGAUGAGUGGGUUUUCGAUACAGUCCGAUCCGUUGUCCCUAAGAGAGCAACUGUCAAAUCCCGAAAGCCAUCCUCAAUCUUCUCUACUGAAGAAGCAUUGCGUAGAAUGGAUCUCAAGGACGCUCCAUUGCAGCCAUCUUCACCUGCACCUGCCCCGGUCACUAUGCGCAAGGCUACAAUGCGAAGACAGCCCUCAUUAGCACAGAUGUCGAACUCUGGUUCAGUGCGUGGUCCGCCCGGCCCUGCAAUGAGACGCCCCCUUCAGCCAGAUAUGUCAUUCGGCAACUCAGGCUCCUCGCAACGUCUCUUUAGAAGAGUGCCCUCUGACAGUUCCACAUCCGGCCAGGUCGCUUCUCUCAAUUCGACCGAUAUGCCUACAGAUGAGAACAAGCACCCUAACGCAGCUGAGGCAACCAGCAAGGAGGCGGUUCUAGGACGACGUCUAUAUUCUAAGGCCGUCGAACCUACCCUAGCAGAAUUACAUGCGCAAACUUCGAGCAUGGUCAAACGAGAGGCGCUUGGCAAGUUGUCAGACGCACUCGCGCUAUUAGACUCAGUUGACCCCGAAGGAGCGUACCAUCUCCUUCGUAACCUCAACUCAGCUAUUUCCCAAGACACAAAGCUUUCAAGAGCUUUCUUACAAGAUACGGGAGAUUCUAUAAAGGGAUUUGACAACAUAACUCCACAGGGUACGGUGAUCAUUAAGAGUACAACACCAAAUCAGAAUCAGAGCCCAACGAAGCUCGUUCUCGCAUCUAACAACCCCCAUCUAAAGAGCCAUAAGAGACGUCAGGAGAGUGUAGCAGUGAACGGUGGUGGCAGUCCCGAGAAGAUCUCUAGUCGCGAGCGAGAUCCGGAAAAAGCUGCCUUACAAGCAAAAUACCCCGGUCACGAAGCUCAGCCUGGUAUGGAGCAUUGUAAGCAACUUUCCGAUGUCCUAUAUGGUCGAUGGGUAGAUGGCUUGCGCUUGCGUUGGCCCAAUGUAUAGUUUUGGGGUUCCCAACAUGGAGAAUGUCUCAAAUGAAGGUGGUGUAGGAAUAUGAGGGGCUUUUCUUGCAUUGCCCUAAGGAUAUAAUUGGACGGGGCGGUAAAAAUGGCGCAAGGGAUUCCUUUGCCACCACUAAUAAUGAAGGAUAAGGGGGGGGAAGAGGGGGGUCACGGAGUUUUGGUGGUUAUUGCUUUUUCGGUCUUCAAUGCAUUUGCCAUCGCCGGGGCGAGAUAGAUCCGAGAUCCGACACGAGUCACGAUCUUUUCCGCAUUUGGAUCCUCUUUCACGCCCACUAGGUAGCUGCAUUGCAAAAGGUGUUUGUGUGUGCUCUUUGUACAGCAUUUGUAAACGGUAAAUAGGAAGAUUCUCAUACUGUGAUGGAUAGAUAGUCACUUAGGUACUCAAAAUGCCGAUCUAUAAUUCUUAAGUCAACGCA